GAGUGAAGAGGCGCUGGAAUGGCCUGCCUAGGGAGGGGAGGUGGUGGAGCUGCAGUCCCUGGCAGUGUUCAAGAGGCGUCUGGAUGAGGAGCUACGAGAUAUUGUUUAGUGGCUAGUGAUAGCAGUGCUAUUGGGAGGACGGUUGCACUAGAUGAUCUUAUAGGUCAUUUCCAACGUUGAGAUUCUAUGAUUCUGUGAUUCAUUUCUGCUCGGUGUUUCUGCAUUUCUGCAUUUAUUUCUGCUUGGUGGUCUGAGGAAACAUGGACACUGGGGGGGGGGGGAGAGGGGGGUGCCUAUCUAGAGGGUUUGGUUCUUUGACAGGCAGCUGCCCUGAGCUCUUCUGUCUUAGAGUAAUGGUGCCUACCAUGGAACAGUAGUGACAGCACAGCCACAUGGCUGCCGCCACCGCACCUCUUCCCACCGUGACACGGCAGCAACAUGGCGGCUGCUGCUGCAUCCCCUGCCACUGUCAGAGGGCUGCCGUGCCUCUAUCCCGCUGUGACACGGCUUGCAAAGAUGCACUUGCCUCUUCUUACAAUGAAUAAGUAAUUAAUUAAAUAAAAGUUUAUGACUCGUCGCUGUUCCGGGUGGGGGGGUUAAUUAGGGCAGGUAAGGCUGGAUUAGGUUGUGAAGAAACACGCACUGUUUAUUGCUGUGUGUUGCUGGAGAGCGUUGAGUAAGUGCAUCGUGGCCCUAUACAGUGUAAUCACUGUAUUGAGGUUUCCCUUCUUGUCUUCUGCCUUUGCAGGUAUUUUUUUAUUUCGUCCCACUUGUUCAAUUUCAUUUCCAGUUCUCUCUCUCAUCCCUCUGCAGUAGUCUGAUCAAAGACUGCAGUAGACUGAUCAAAGGUAUAGGCCUGAGUGGCUGCUGGGUUACACCACACCACAGAGCCCACUGGCGCCCAACCUCUGCUCCUCUGAGUGUCCUCGUGUGUCAGAAAACAAUCAGAACGUUUAUAGAUGUGGGGAAAAGCUGAGAGCAGCCACACUGCUGACCACUGGCACAGAGUAAACGCUCUGCAGAGCAGAGCUGAGGGAGAGAGCUCCUCAGGCCGAGAGGCGCUGCGCUCCUUGCCCCCCACAUCGCUCAGGCACGCAUGUUGGCCUCGCAAUCAGGAGGAAUUACCGCCUAACACCCAGCAGCAGAGGCACAGUACCAUUGGUGAAGACAAAACAGCAGCAGAUGGGUGCUAACAGAAUGUUUUUAAUACUGGCAUCCCAACCUGCCUUCAGCCCGCACCCGGGGGGCACUGCUGAGGUGAGCUGUGCUGGUCAAAGCCCGUGAGACAGGCUGAGGGGGAAGGAAGAGUCCUGGAUUCAGCUGAAGAGGGGCAAACAAACCACAGCUGGGUAGGGUGGAGCCGUUGCUGUGAAGGGCGGCAGUGGAGAGCAAGGCUGGGACUGGGGCUGGCCAGGACACCGCCGCCAUUGGGCUGGGGGCGUUCAGUACCCUGUGAUGUCACGUGAUGCAAUAAUGCCGAGCGCAGUGGGCAGUUGGUUAGCAGUUGGACCUGCUGGCCUGCAGUUGGACCUGCUGGCCCGCGGUUGGACCUGCUGGUCUGCGGUUGGAUCUGCUGGUCUGCGGUUGGAUCUGCUGGUCUGCGGUUGGAUCUGCUGGAUAUCAGCCGGAUCUGCUGGAUAGCAGUUGGAGCUGCUGGAUAGCAGUUGGAUCUGCUGGAUAGCAGCUGGAUCUGCUGGAUAGCAGCCGGAGCUGCUGGUUUGCAGUUAGCGCUGCUGGUUUGGUCCUUUUCCUUUUUCUGGGCCUUGAUCAGCAGUAUUCAUGGCUCUACCUUGGUUAGUGACUGGGCUGCUGCCUGCCGCCUGGCUCUUCUGGCAGUCUACUGCGCUGCCUGCCUCUUCCUGGCAUCUGCUACACUGCCUGCCUCUUCUCGCAAUCUACUACAUUGCCUGCCUCUUCUUGUACUCUUGUACACCGCCUGGCUUUUCCUGGAAACUACUACGCUACCUGGCUCUUGGCAUCUGCUACACUGCUCACCUCUAUUUUGGAAUCUACUGCGCUGUCUGCCUCUCUUUUGGAAUCUACUAUGCUGCCUGCCUCUUUCUGGGAAUAAUCUAUGCUGCCUGUCUCGUUUUUGGAAUCUACUAUGCUGCCUACCUCUUCUUGGAAUCUACUAUAUCACCUGCCUCUGCUUGGAAACUACUACGCUGCCUGCAGCUUCUUUGGAACAUACCAUGCUGCCUGCAGCUUCUUUGGAAUGUACUAUGCUGCCUGCAGCUUCUUGGGAAUAAACUACACCACCUGAAGGCUCUCUGGAACAUACUAUGCCACCUGCAUCUUCUUUGGAUUACGCUGUGCCGCCUGCCUUGUAUUUGGAAUAUACUAUACCGCCUGUAUCUUCUUUGGAAUGUAUUACGGCACAUGCCUCUUUUUGGAAUAUACUACACCACCCGUACCUUCUUGGAAUACAUGAUGCCAUCUGCCUCUUUUUGGACUAUACUGCGCCGCCUGCCUCUUCUUGGAUUAUACAGCGCUGCCUUCCUCGUCUUGAAAUAUACUGUGCCGCCUGCCUCCUUCUGGAAUAUACUAUGCGACCUGCCUCUGUUAUGGAACAUACUAUUCCACCUGCCCCUUCUAUGGAAUAUACUACGCUGCUUGCCUCUGCUGUGGAAUAGACUACGCUACCUGGCUCUGCUAUGGAAUAGGCUACGCCACCUGCCUCUCCUAUGGAAUAGGCUAUGCCGCCUGCUUCGCUCAUGGAACAUACAGCACCACCUGCCUUGUUCAUGGGAAAUACCACGGCGCUUGCCUCCUUUUGGAAUACACCACACCGCCUGGCUCUUUUUGGAAUAUAUCACGCCACCUGGCUCUCUUUGCAACAUACCGUGCAGGCUGGCUCUCUUUGCAACAUACCAUGCAGCGUGGCUCUCUUUGGAAUACACCACACAGGCUGGCUCUCCUUGGAGUAUACCACGCAGGCUGGCUCUCCUUGGACUAUACUAUGCCGCUUGGCUCUGUUUGGAGUACACCAGACCGACUGGCUCUCUUUGGAAUACACCACACUGCCUGGUCCUCUUGGGAAUAGAGUACGCCACCUGGCUCUCCUUGUAAUAAGUACACCACCUGGCUCUUUCCAUUAAAUUUGCAAUGGCUUCUUCUUUAUAGAACUGUACUGCAUUUUCCUUCUUUUAUCAUAGCGUGGCUUGGUUUGGAAGGGACCUCAAGGAUCAUCAAGUUCCAACUCCCCUGCCACAGGCUAGCCUAGGUCAGCUACUACUUGUGCUGCUUAUUGGACAACUGCAUCUCCAGCUACCAGAGGGUUCCAAAUAGCUACUAGAGUGCCAUACUGAUGAGAGGGGGCUUGCUGCAGGGUAAGAUCUCUCAUCUGACGUCUAAAUUUAUCUAGGUCGGGGCUUCCUUAUAAAGUCUUCCCCAUAAAUUGCCUCUUUCAUUCCCAAUUCCCUUACGUACGUUUAUAAAUCUGCCAUGGUAUCCCACAUUCCACUAGGAGUGAGCACAUCACUUCCAUCUGGCCACGUGUUUCAGGGUACGUUUGGAUCCUAGAGACAGGUUGUCUCAGGAGCAGAGGCAAGCAAACUACGCAUUUAGAGCAGCACAGAGGGUUUUGAGUUUUAUUCAAUAUACACACGCUCAAACACAGGCAUCCAUUUUAAAUAAUCCCAGUGAGCAGCAAGCAGGAACUCCUUAGGCUAACGCACUAUUAUUUACCAACCCCUGAGAGAUGGCAAAACAACAAAAAGGAGAGGGAGAAGGGAGACGCCAGCAUUGGAUUUGAUAGGUAGUGCCAGCAGGCCGUCCCUGCUUCAAAGUGCAGAUCUUCCUCUUUUUCUUUCUGGAAAAACUCUGCAGUAGUAAGUACUACACGUGAAAAGUUAUCAGAGGAAAAUAAUGUUAUACCCAUAUUUAAUUUUUAAUCUGAGAUCUUGGAUAUUAUUAACUUUCCUGGCAGUAUUCGGAGGAGUAAUUCCAUAAUGCAGUACUGAAAAGAACUGCAAAGGAGCCACACGUAAAUAGAACUGAAUUAUCUUUUGCAAAGAUCUGCAAAAGAAUUGAGGGCAUGCAGGCUGCAUGGGAAAGCCUACAGAAAAUCAAAUAUAUUUAACGUGUGGCAGACCUCCUUGCCUUCAGUCGUGCCUCCUGAGUUCCUGUACUCUGGGGACCAAAUCUACCUCUGUGCCAGCAGCCGUGGGACAAGAUUGAGCUACAGUCUCAGAGGGGUUUUUGGUUUGUUUCACAUUGCUUGCCCUACUGGGAAAGGUUUGGGAAUCAAUGGUUGCAAGGAAAGAAAGUUGUGAAAACUGAAACCAAACGAGGCCUAUGGCAACAGUUCUGGCCUCCAUCUGCAGGGAUGUGACAAGAGACAGGAGUGCAGCAGACUAGGUCGGUAGACCUGUAAGAAAGCAGAAAUUUAAGAUUACGCGUGUAGCAGUGCACUGAAAGCAAACAAGUAUCUUCUCAGGCAACUGUAUGGAUCCUCUCAGUCAUAUCUACGCAUUCAUAUUCAAAAGUAACUGUGCCAGCUUGAGCUGACGAGUCUGACAAUCACUGCUGAUGCUUCAGAGUGCAAAGAUCUGAAUCGCUGCUAUGCAAGCAUAUUUCCUCCCACACAGCAGCUUCCCAAAACUCUUCCAUGACCAGGCACUGCCAUUCCCUUUUUAUGGCUUAGCUCUGGCAGAGUUGUCAAGGCGCUUCCCUGGACCUAAUAUGCUCUCUCAGCUUUUUUUUCCAAAGCGAACAUCUAUGGAAUAGCCCCAAAUUUUACAAAGGAUGACGUGCCCUAACAGUAAGGAAAUGAUAAUAGCAAACCAACUGCACAAUUGCUGAACUGAAGAAAGCCUUCCUAGAAUUUAACGCAAGGCUCCUCUUUUCCAUGGUUAAAGUACACACUUAUGGAGAAACGUGACGUAUUCUUUGGAUUCAUUGGAGCUCUGGUCAUUUAUGUCUAAAGAAUGUCUAACCCUGGUCUUCAGGGUUUGGUGAAAAAUUCCAUGUUGGUGUUGGUAAGACUGGUGUCUUACAGGUACACCAAAGGCAGCUUCUUUAAGUAGAAGAUGAUGUUAAGCACAGAAAAAUCCAUGGCAUACUGCUAAAUUUGUGUUUUGUCCACCUUCCUCAAGAAGGCAAAAACUAGUCAAAACUUUUUUAGAUACCCAACUUUCAUCACUGCUGACAAGCCGCUUCAUGCUGACACAGCUACAUCAAUAAGGCCAAGUGCAGGGUGCUGCACUUGGGUCGGGGCAAUCCCAGGUAUUUAUACAAGCUAGGGGAAGAUUUCCUUGAGAGCAGCCCUGCAGA